ACGUCACACCGCCCCUCUCUGAAUCCCUUUCGUACGUUCCCACUCCCUCACACGCACUCAUAAGCCCCUCAUAAACUUGCUGGAAGGCAUUAUUGCUUAAACUUUCGUGUCGUGAAGGUGGUGACGACUCUUGUGGUUCUUCUUGAGUGAAACUAUCAAACAAAUAAAUAGAUAAGACAAAGAAAGAAAGAAGGAGAUCAAGAAAGGAAAGGAAAAAAAAAAGAAAACAAGACUAUAUUGUGUGUUCCUCGUGUCAGCCUUUUCAUCGGGAUCAAGAGAACUUCACUACAAUAUGUACAAUUCCACCAAGACGGGGGCGUCCCGGCGCCAUGACUCCCACACCAGGGUCUCGCCGCGCUCCUGAAGUCGCCCACGACCAGCCCCCUGAGGACCCCGCCGCAAAGCUGCUGCCCCUCCCGGCCGCCAUGCCUACCUCAGAGAGCCUGUCUGCGGGGAGCCGCACGGUGCGGGUGUCCACCGACACUGACGUGGAAGGCGACGCCCCUGGGAUGUGCUCGUGGGACAGCGACUCCGCGCGGCUCCUCAAGAUGGUGGACACGGAGAACCUGGAGGGCCUGCAGACGCUGCUGACAUCGGGUGUGCACGUCAAUGGCCACGGCGGCACCUUCCACGAGACAGCCCUGCAUCGCGCCGCUCAAAUCCGCUGGUCGGCCGGCGUGCGCUACCUGCUGACUGCGGGGGCCUCCGUGUACGCCAAGAACCAGUUCGGCCAAACCCCGUUGCACUACGCCGCAGCCUCCAAGUCCACCACGUGCAUCCAGCUGCUGCUGGAGAACCGGCGGCCCGGCGUGGUGGACCACCGGGACAUGCGGGGACACACGCCCCUGCACGAUGCCGCCUCUGCGGGAUGCGUCAACGCCAUCACACUGCUGCUCAAAGCCGGGGCCCUAGUGCGUGCGAAGGACGGCACGGGAUCCACGCCUCUGCACAAGGCGGCGCGGGCGCGCUCCGUGCCCUGCAUGGUGGCGCUGCUCAACGCCGGCGCCGACAUGUCUGCGGCGGACGACAUGGGUGAAACGGUGCUGGCAUACACGCUGCACUACCUGCCGGGCCUCAUGGACACCGUGUUUGACGAGUGCCUGGUCACCAACUCGCCCAAGAUCAACACCAAAACCCUGGAGGUCACCAUGAACUUCCUGCCGCUGUGCUGCGGCUCAGACAAGAAUCAGGUUCAGAACCUACAGUCGUUCGUGGACAUGGGGCACGCCAAGCUGCUGAGCCACCCGCUUUGCGAGACCUUCCUGCUGCUCAAAUGGAUGAACGUGCGGCGCCUCUUCCUGAUCGAGGUGACGCUGUACCUGCUGUUCGCCGUGUUCACCACCGUGCUCACUUUCAACAAAUUUGUGUGGAAUCCCAACCACAUCAGUCACUUCAACGGGACCUCCCCGGAGGAGGACUCCAAGUACGUGGAGGACCACAAGUGUGUGAAGGGCCCCGACCAGCUGCACAAUGACGUCAAUAACGCCCUGCGUGGCAUCGUGGUGACGUACUUGGUGCUCAUUAUGCUGCAGCAGGUGCUGUCGCUGCUACAGAACAAACUGCAGUGGUUUCGCUCGCUGUCUGGCGUGCUGCACGUGGUGAUCACCGUGCUGGUGGCGGGAGUGGUGCUGCCCUCCGACGCGUACCUGUGGCAGCACCACUUGGCCUCGUGGCUCAUGCUGCUGCUGUGGACGGAGUGCAUGCUGCUUAUCGGACGCUUCCCCAACUGCGGCGUGUACGUGGUGAUGUUCACGCGCGUGGCGAAGGUGUUCCUACGCAUCUUCCUCAUGUACUUCUGCCUGCUGCUGGCCUUCACCGCCGCCUUCUACGUGGCGCUCAACUACCAGCAGGGGUGCUCCAAGGAUCCCGUGCUGGCCAACCCCCUGCUCACCUUCGUCAAGACGCUCACCAUGAUGAUCGGCGAGCUGGACUUCGGGGAGGAUUUCGUGAACGACCUGUCGCGCCUCGAGUUCACCGGGCACGCCAUUUUCCUCUUCUUCAUCAUCCUCGUGUCCAUCAUCCUUUCCAACCUGCUGGUGGCUCUGGCUGUCAGCGACGUGCAGGGCCUCAGGAACUCUGCCCACCUGGAGCGUCUCAUCAAGCAGACAGAGCUGGUGUACCACAUGGAGAAGAACAUUUCCACGGUAGCCUACAUCGCCUCGCUCGUCAAGGUGUCCAAGUUAAGCGCGAUGCUGAUGAAGGUGGCGCUGGUGUGUACGUACGACUGCUACAACACCAGAGUCUUCUACCUGCCUAACAGUCCCCUCAAGAGCAACAAACUCUUCAUUGUCAAGAACAAGAAGGUGAAAGAGACAACAGUUCCCUCUUAUCUCCUGGCCAACGUGAACCAGUGCCUGCGGGGACGUGAGGCGGACCAGGGCUGCGCGGGCGGGGACACGGGGCGCAGCAUGAAGGCCAGACGGGGAAGCAGAAUCCGGAGAGGCGACUACCAGAAGAGCGAAGCGAACAACGACGAAGUGAAGGCGGGAUUAAAGGAACUUGAGGCUAAUGUGAUCGAAUUAGUGAGCGACAAGAUGGAGGAGAUGAGAGACACUUACGCGGAGCUCAAUAAACAGAUGGAGGAGCUGCAAGAGAAGAUGAAAAAAAUAGCCAGCGUUCUGUGCAAGGAGGAGGAGAAGGAGGGCGAAGAGGAGGGUAGUGGUGGUGGUGGUGGGGGAAGGUUUAGGGGCAGGGAAGGAAGGGGAAGAGGCAGAGGAAGAGGUCACAGGAGUUUGUCAGGCCCGCAGUUAAGUUUACCUGGGGAAAUUAUUAACUAAGAGAGAGAGAGAGAGAGAGAGAGAGAGAGAGAGAGAGAGAGAGAGAGAGAGAGAGAGAGAGAGAGAGAGAGAGAGAUUAUAUACACUAAA